AUGAGUACCGGCUUGCUGGAGGUCAUUUUAGACCUGAGACUCCACACCUGUACAGGUGUGAAGCUGCCUUAUACUGAAUCAGACUAUUGGUUCAUCAAGGAUAGCCAGCAUUGCUCACUCCCUUCGGUGUUUCAGCUGCACAGAAGUCACGUGGAGACCAGCACCACAAGUUCAUCCAGCUCUCCUCCAAAAACCACCAGGAGGAGACCGAAGAGCAGCCCUCCCUUCUGCACCAGCAGUCUGAACCAGACCUUGGACGAUUUGCUGGCUGGGGUGUUAGUGCAUGAGAAAGAUAUAUUGAAGCCGAGGCAGAAUCGAUCCAUCCUCAGCGGCAUGCCAAACGUCCCAGUGGACCUAGAUGUGAGUGACGGAGAGACAAGCUUAUCCGACAGUGGCUCGGACUCACCUGUCUGUGUGGAACUGCCACAGCAGCCCACCGUCUACCAGCACACUGUCAGCAACGUCAGGGCUGAGCUUUCUUGGACAGGCCCAUGCAAUGGUGAUCUGGUUUCCUUCUAUGAGCUGAGACUACAGGAGGCCAAGCAGACUGGGCAACACAACAUCAUCAAGUGGUUUUGUUCACAGACAGAGGAGCACUUGGAGAAUCUCACCCCUGGCACCCAAUACCUGUUCCGCGUGCGAGCUCUCAAUGUGGCCGGGACUGGGAAGUGGAGUGAGCCGUACAAGUUUGCCACCAUGCCUGCUGUGCCAGGGCUGGCCCUGGAUCCAUCUCCCGUCAUUGCCAUCGUGCGGCGGCACAGGAAGCCCCAGAAGAAAACAGUCUUCCUUCCUGCUUCAUAA